AUGUGUGUGUUCCACUCAUCCAUCAGCGUGCGCGUGUCUGUGCGCGCAGGCGCACUGUGGCCGGACACGUACCGAGAGGUCAGGGCGAGACACGGAAACAUGGCUUCGUCUCCGAUGUCUGUUCACGUCCCUGUCGCCCCCGCGGUCACUCCCGCGGUCACCCCGGCGUCCAUGGAAGGAGGGACCCCCUCACCCGCCAAUGACGAGCCGUCCACCCCGCGACAGGUACGUGCCCGGUCCCUCCGCGCAGCCCUGUCCCGAGUGUCUGCGACAUCACUUGUGUUUGUGUUGGGACCGUCUCCGUGA